AUGACGCUGGCUACAGACAAGGUAAGACACAUUUGUGAUCAGAAUACUGGGUGCAACUAUAGUCAAGCAGUAAGAGGACAAAGGCAGCUAAAAAAACCCCAACAAAACAACUUUAGGCUAAGAAACCUGAGAAACACUUUAACUCAGAGCAGCUGUUUUUUUCAGGUGCACGGUGGGUUGGACUUCAUUGACCUCCUGCUCAGGAACACAGAUGAAACCACCUGUUGCCACAGCAACCAACCGUGGACUAUCACAAUUCAUGAUACCCUGAGUCCUGAGGGAAGUACUGCUGAUGACUUUCUAGAUGCCCUGCUGGGUGGGAAUGACUCCUCCUCUGCUCCAGCGUCCCCCCUGUGGUCACCCUGCACCACAGAUAGUGGCAUCAACGAGGACCCCCCGACAGAUCCCACAGAGAGCCCUCAUCCAUCCUCCUGCACAGCUUUUCCGGCCUUUGAUUUGCCAUCUAUCCCUCAGCUUCCACCUCUGGAGAAUCAGCUGCCACCAAAUGAAAAAACAGCCGAUGUUUCCAUUGAUCUAAGCUGGGAGCCCGAUGACCUCCAGGAGCAGCUUGGAAUCGCAUACUACCUUACUACGAAGCCGAGCCCCCCGCUGUCGUCCAGUCAGAUGCUCACAGUGAAGGACCUGCUGUUGUCAAACCUGGGACAGAAAACGCAACGAAUCCCCCAGCAUUCCCUGCAAGACCUUGUACUUGAUGAGGAUGAGAAGACACUUCUGGCUAAAGAAGGGGUGAACUUGCCAAGCAAACUGCCCCUGUCCAAGUUUGAAGAGAGGGUUUUGAAGAAGAUCCGGAGGAAAAUCCGCAACAAGCGCUCGGCUCAAGAAAGUCGGAAGAAGAAGAGGGAAUAUGUUGAUAGUCUGGAGGGAAGGAUGUCUGCGUGUAGUGCUCACAACCUCGAGCUGCAGAGAAAGAUCCAGCAGUUGGAGGAGACCAACAAUGCUCUGUUGGAGCAGCUAAACCGGCUACAGGCUCUUCUUCCUAACAGCUCCAGCAAAACUACACACAAAGGGACCUGCAUCCUGGUUUUGCUCCUCUCCUUCUCUCUGCUCAUUUCCUCCAAUCUUCAGCCAGACCCUUACAGUCAACUCAGCCAAGGAGAGUACACAGAGACCAAAGUGCCAUCCCGCUCCCUGAAGUCGAUGGAUGAAGUGAGAGAUGUCCCUCCCCCUCCUCUCCUUUCUGUCUCUGGGAGCUUUGAGGCCUUGCGCAGCCUGACGGGGAAGCUCUGGCCUGGGACAGAUUUCCCCACAGCAGACUUCCAAUCCUCUCACCACCGGAAUCACAGGCACCGGGACGAUCACUGAUCUCCUCGGGAGCCCCCAGGAGGAAAGACAGUAGCAAAGGAGUGACGGCUCGCUUGCAGGAGCAGCAUCCAAAUGAGCAGUUUUAUUGCUUUUCAGUGUCUGUUUCUCAUUACAGAGACUGAGUGAGGUGUCACUGUGUGUUUGCCAUCCACUCUGACACACAAACAGCUUGUUAAAAGAUUUUCCUAAAUGAAAUUCACUCACUCAGAUGGAGGUCGGUGAGGAGGUCAUCUACACAGAUUAAAUUUUUCUUUCUUUCUUUGGAAGAACGGAGCCUCGUGGACCUGACGGAUCAUGUAUUUUAUUGCUGACGUACUGCUGCAUGACG